AUGGAUGACCAGUCUUCUGAGGGCACAAUAUCAAUCGCCGUGGCCAAUCGAGUUCCAAUAAGAAAACUGGGAGUCGCUGCAGGAGACGACCGCAACAUGGAACACCACCUUCAGCUCUGUUCUACUCGGCUGGAUGCUCGAGCGCUAGAGGGAAGCAGAGAGUUGCUACAGCAAAGCAACUCGCAACUCGAAAAGCAGAUGGAUUCUGCAUCAAAGCAGAUUGACCGGCUCACGGAGCAGAACACGGCGCUCCGGUGGGAUCUCGAUGGCGUAAAAACGUAUCUCGAGCAGUUCCAGGACUAA